AAUAAGGAAGAAAAGAAAGAUACAGGUGUUAGUCGACCACUGGUACCUGAGACUUCAACCUAUAGUAAAGGCAUUUUGAGAAAGUGCAAACGUUGUAAGUUGAGUCAAAUAGAUAGGAUCGAUAUAUGCCAACAAUGG